AUGGAGGUCGACGGCGAGACACAGCCUUUCCGCCUAUUCUCCAAGAGGGGCAAGUCCAAACCCAGGUUCAAGCUCGAGCCCGAGGUCCAGCCCCAGCCGGAACCGGAACCCCCAAGCCCUGACCCCGCCGCGGUCGCCGCCGAGGUCGACCACCCCCCGUCUCCCACCAUCGUGACCGAGACCGGCCAGGCCGACGACGCCGAGGUCGCGGCCGGUGCGGCGCCGGCGACCUUCGCGGACCUCGGCCUGUCGCAGUGGCUGGUGGACGCGUGCGACGCCCUGGGCAUGCGGCGCCCCACGGCGGUGCAGCGCCGGUGCAUUCCGCGCGCGCUCGCGGGGGAGGACGUGUUGGGGAUUGCGGAGACUGGGAGCGGCAAGACGGCCGCGUUCGCGCUGCCCAUCCUGCACCGCCUCGGGGAGGACCCCUACGGAGUGGCCGCGCUCGCGCUCGCCCCCACGCGCGAGCUCGCGGCGCAGCUCGCCGAGCAGUUCCGUGCGCUCGGGGCGCCGCUCGGCCUCAGGUGCCUGGCGGCCAUCGGAGGCUUCGACUCGCUCGCGCAGGCCAAGGGGCUCUCGCGCCGCCCCCACGUCGUCGUCGCCACCCCAGGCCGCAUUGCCACGCUCGUCAAAGACGAUCCUGACCUUGCCAAAGUAUUCGCCCGCACCAAGUUUCUUGUAUUGGACGAGGCGGAUAGAGUUCUAGAUGUUAAUUUUGAAGAGGAACUUCGUGUCAUAUUUGGCUGUUUACCAAAGAAGCGGCAAACCUUUUUGUUUUCAGCAACAAUGUCAGACAAUCUGAGAUCUUUGCUUGAACUUUCCGGGAACAAAUCAUACUUUUUUCAAGCAUAUGAAGGGUUCAAGACAGUAGAGACCUUAAAGCAGCAAUACAUCCAUGUUCCUCCUGAGGGAAAAGAGCUCCAUCUUUGGUAUCUUCUGUCAAUUAUCAAGGGAAAAAAGGAAGACCCUAUCCGUUCAGCCAUUGUAUUUGUCUCAACUUGCAAUGUCUGCCAAUAUUUAGAUCUGCUGUUUGAAGAGCUUGGUUAUCCUGCUGUUGCUUUGAACUCUCACAAGUCUCAGGCACAACGGCUCUUAGCACUUAACCGGUUUAAAUCCGACCAGGUUCCCGUAUUGAUUUCCACUGAUGUGGGCAGUCGUGGAUUGGAUAUCCAAACAGUUGAUCUUGUUAUCAACUAUGACAUGCCAAUGUCUCCACGUGAUUACAUCCACCGUGUUGGACGAACUGCAAGAGCUUCAAGGGGAGGGCUUGCUAUAAGCUUUGUUACACAGAAGGAUAUAUGUCUUUUACAUGAGAUAGAAGAUGAUGUGGGGAAACAGUUGGAGGCCUACGAGUGCAGUGAUAAAGAAGUUACUAAAGAUAUUACAAAGGUGUUCAAAGCAAGACGUCUCGCGAAGAUGAGGCAGAGGGACGAGGGACACAAUGAGAAAGUAGAAGCCAGAAAAGAGCAGAAGAAAAGAGAUCGGGCACGAAAGAGGAAACGUGAAGACUGA